UCAGGCCGCGGUUUCCUUUGUGGACGUGGCGAGGGGCUCCCACGGCCCUCCCUGCGCUCACUGGCCCCGCCUCCUGGGGGGCGCUCGUGGUAGCUCAUUGGUUGGGAGGCGGGGCUCUGCGCUGCCAGAGGCGGGGCCUGACUGGAGAGCGGCUGAAUUGGGCAUAUUUGCGGGAACGCAAAGCGAAGCGUGGAGAGCGGAGCGAAGCUGGAUAACGGGGGACCAAUGAUGUGGCGACCAUCGCUUCUGCUGUUUCUGUUGCUACUGAGGCACGGUGCUCAGGGGAAGCCGUCACCGGACGCAGGCCCUCAUGGCCAGGGGAGGGUGCACCAGGCGGCCCCGCUGAGCGACGCCCCCCAUGAUGACGCCCACGGGAACUUCCAGUACGACCAUGAGGCUUUCCUGGGACGGGAAGUGGCCAAGGAAUUCGACCAACUCACCCCGGAGGAAAGCCAGGCCCGUCUGGGGAGGAUCGUGGACCGCAUGGACCGCGCGGGGGACGGCGAUGGCUGGGUGUCGCUGGCCGAGCUUCGCUCGUGGAUCGCGCACACGCAGCAGCGGCACAUACGGGACUCGGUGAGCGCGGCCUGGGACACGUACGACACGGACCGCGACGGGCGUGUGGGUUGGGAGGAGCUGCGCAACGCCACCUAUGGCCACUACGCGCCCGGUGAAGAAUUUCACGAUGUGGAGGACGCAGAGACCUACAAGAAGAUGCUGGCUCGGGACGAGCGGCGUUUCCGGGUGGCGGAUCAGGAUGGGGACUCGAUGGCCACUCGGGAGGAGCUGACGGCCUUCCUGCACCCCGAGGAGUUCCCUCACAUGCGGGACAUUGUGAUUGCUGAAACCCUGGAAGACCUGGACAGAAACAAAGAUGGCUAUGUCCAGGUGGAGGAGUACAUCGGUGAGUGCGCCCCCAUUUCCUCCUGGGACGCCUCCCCUCUCUCAGGCAAGGACAGGGUUGGUGGGGGCGGCCAGAUGUACGUCACCCAUCAGAGAGCAGUGGCUCUCAGACAUGGGGGCAGGGGCACUGCUCGAAUUCAUGCAGCCAUCCAACAUUUAUUGAGCACCUGCUCUGUGCCAGGCCCAGGAAACACUUAUAAAGAUGGGCGGCUGAGCAAAGCGGAGAUCCUGGGGAACUGGAACAUGUUUGUGGGCAGCCAGGCCACCAACUACGGCGAGGACCUGACCCGGCACCACGACGAGCUGUGAGCCCCAUGCGCCCGCUAUAGCCUUGUGGGGAGCGUGGUGACCUGAGCAGGGGCCGCUGUGGUCCAGCCCCUCCCUGUCCAGGCCCCGCAGGAGGCAGACGCAGUCUCUCACGGACCCCCUGGGUGGCCGCCUGUCCCUGUGACACCCCCAACCCCAAGAGGGGCCCUCACCAUCCCAGAGGAUAAGUGACACCUAUUUCUGACUGGCCCCGUCUCCCAGCCCAGACCCAGGAACCCUGGCCCCAAGCUCAGCCCCCCCAACCCCUCCGGCUCCCAAUCUGAGCCUCCACCACACAGGCUGAGAAACUCCCCCGGCCCCGCCCUCUCCUGCCUGGCCCUGGGGCACCUCCUCUGCCAGGAGCCAAUAAAAGGCAGCGGCGGGACCUUU